AUGGUUUUGGAAAGUGGGAUAGCUCCAUUGGAGGUGUGCUUUAGUUACAGUGACUACAAUAAGGCGUUCCAUCCAAAUGAAAUUCAAGUUGAUAACCUGCAAUACGACAUAGAAUGUGAUGGUGUAGAUGUAGAUGUAGAUGUACAUAUGAAUUCUGAACAAGCACAAAGCUGUAAACGAGAAAAGGGGUCCAUACAGAUGCUACUCUGA